CAUGAAAGAGAGAAUGAUGUCGAUUUCUCGGUCGGCAAGCCAUUUAUACGUCUGUUCGGCGAUCAGAUGCCGGGCCAAUCAAACAACUCCCAUCCAUCAUCAACUGCUCAGUUCCACCACUCACAUUUACCGACCAUGGAAAACGACCAGGGCCUUCUCGUCGAUCUCUACGUCCCCCGCAAGUGCGCGGCAACCAACCGCCUCAUCACCUCAAAAGAUCAUGCCUCCGUGCAGAUUAGCAUCGUAGACGUCGACGCUAACGGCCGUGCCCUUAACACCACCACCACCUUCGCUUUGUGCGGUCAGGUCCGGUCCCAGGGCGAGAGUGAUGACUCGAUCAACAGACUGGCAACGAAGGCUGGCCUGUUGAGGAAUGUGUGGUCUUACCAGAAGUAAUCAUCUGUUUUACUUUUGCACUACUUUUCUGUCACGGCACAAUUCAUUUCGCUGCACUCAAACCCAACUGUACUCCUCAUGGCAUGCAACGUUGCUCCCCUCUUUUUGUUGUAGGUCAAAUCAAGGCUCG